AUGUCCUGUGUUUUUUGCUUUGAGACAAAUCAGUAUGUUUAAUUCAUAUCAAACCUUUAAUUGCAUUCCAUUAUUUAAAAUGAAAAGAAAUGGAACUUUAAAGUUGAUAUAUUAGAUUGCACAAAUUAAUAAAGUAAGAGAUCAAAAAAUCUUAGUUUUACAAUUAUAAUAAUAAUCCAAUAAAAACUAGGAAAAUUUACAAAAUGUUAUAUAAUUAUGUGAAGGAGAUAACCAAUUUUUUAUUUAUGAUUAAUAAAUUAAACUUGUUUAAGAUGAAAUUGUUAAAUAAGGAAAUGGAUUAUGCAUUAUUAAGUCUUCGAAUGAAUUAUUGAAAAUAUUAGAUAGUGCAUCAGUAUUUAAUAAAAAGUCAAAGAAAGAAGUUAAAGGUAAAGGAAUAGAGUUUACUCAUACAGAUUUUACCAUAAAAAUUGGAGAAUUUAAAAAGAAUGCUAAAAAUGUUAUGAUAUUUUAUGUAAGUGUAUAUUUUACAUAAUUAGUGCUAUUAUAAACCAUAUACAAUUUUACCACCAAAAGAACUUUUAGAAACCUAUUACAAUAUUUAUGCUGCUUAUUUUUCUUAAAUAUUAUAUUUUGUUAAUCUCACAGAUUUUGAUAAGUUUGAAGAACAAUUAAAAAGUUAUAGAGAUCAAUUAAUUAAGUUUUAUUAGGAUGCAGAAUAUAAAGAAAAUGAAUAUUUUAAAGAUUAAACUAAAAAAGAAUUGGAAUAUAAAAAAAAUUUAGCUAAAAAUAAGUAUCAAUAUAUUAUUUAAAUUUUAGUGUUUAAUAUAUUGGAGAAUUGAUAUUAGUACAUCAUAUGAUAGGAAUAUUGAAUAUUAAUUGA